AUGACGAUGGAGUCUACGAUGGCUCACGUAGACCUCGGUCGAUAUAAGAAAAUAGUCCAGAUGUUCUGGGACCCCGAACCAUCAAACGAUCCAACACUCGACCAGCCAGUAUGGUGCCUCGGGCAAUCAUACAAGUUACACAAAGGCGUAAAGCCACGAACAGGUAGCCAAGGGCAACAUAGCAGCGAUAUGGGCGCAACUACAGCGACGGCAUCACUAGAGCCAAGCAAGGCCGUAGCUGUGCCCCCAAACAACGCGCCGGAUACGCCGCCGGAAUCCAUAGGCGGCAGCUUCUCUACUGGCCGGGACGAGAUGGACCACGAGAAUGGUUGGCCCCAACAAUUUAUCACAGAUUUCGACUCGAGAUUCUGGAUGACAUAUAGGAACGAUUUCAAACCCAUACCCAGAUCAAAGGACCCCAAAGCCGCGUCAUCGAUGUCAUUCCCCAUGCGAAUCAAGUAUCAACUCGGCGACCAAGGCGGAUUUUCAUCUGACAGCGGAUGGGGUUGUAUGAUACGAUCGGGACAGAGUCUAUUAGCGAACGCCACUGGAAUAGUUCGCUUAGGUCGAGACUGGCGCCGAGGCCAGCAGAAAGCGGAAGAGAUCAAAAUCAUGCGCAUGUUCGCAGAUGACCCGGCCGCACCGUAUUCCAUUCACAAUUUUGUCGACUAUGGCUCUUCUAAAUGUGGCAAAUAUCCCGGGGAAUGGUUUGGCCCAUCAGCUACAUCACAAUGCAUAAACCCUGACGUUUACGAGGACAGCUUCAUGGCCACGGCGAAAUCAGACCAUGGUUUUUUCAAACCCACUCUCAUUUUGAUCAGCACGCGGCUCGGCAUUGACAAAAUCACGCAAGUAUACUGGGAAGCGCUAAUUUCAGCGCUGCAAAUGCCACAGUCCGUUGGCAUCGCAGGGCUCCGACGGCUUCAUGUCCAGCAGAUGGAUCCCAGCAUGCUGAUUGGAUUCAUUAUCAGAAGCGAGGAAGAGUGGAAGGAAUGGCGAUGCGGUAUCAAAUACGUUCAAGGGAAGGCUAUCAUUCAUGUUGCGGACUGCGACCCCAGACUCCAAAACAAGCCGGAAGGUAGAGAGGGUGCAAUAGAUGAAGUUCAAGUACUCAGUGAUGAUGAUAUGGAGGAUUAA